CAUUUUUUUUCACAAUGUAUAAUUCCCUUUUCUUUCCACAUGUGAAAGAUAUAAGACACUUACUGGUCACAUUUAAGAUAAACUUUAAAUUUUUGAGCAGCAUUCCAUAAAUUACAGAACAAUAAAAGGGUUUUCUUUAUAAACUCUAAAAUUCAAAUAAAAACCAACUUUAAAACAUUUGUUCCUGCACAUUUUCUUGUUUCAGGAUGAAAAUGCAAAGCUAACUAGGAAACAAAUACUGGGAGUGCUGAAAGAGAUUAAUAUCAUUAGAACAAGUUGGUCAUAAAUAAUCAAACUUCAAACUGAAUUGUGAAUUCAUCACAUUAAAAUGAACUCAUUGAUUCUGCUUUGCAAUGUACAUGUGCAUGCACACUGAACAUUCAGAACAAAGUUCAAUAUUCAGUUUACUGGGUACUGAAUGGCAUUAACUUGACGUGUGAUCCUGCUACAUUGUAACACUGAGCCACCAGUUUUAUUGUAUUCCAUGAACAGCACGAUGCACAACCAAACACUACGCCUUCUCAAAGGGCCUACAAAGCCAUAGCUCUCCAACAGUGAGAUAAACUCCCCUUCUUUAAAUAACUCAGCAAUCCCCGCCCCUUUCCUUUCUCUAGCUGUCCUUUUUGGGAGGUAAAAUGUGGCCCGUGCUGGCAUAAAUUUCUAUAAGUUUCAAGGGAAUGUUAUUAAAAAGGACAUAGAACCAUGACCCCUUUUUAUGUACAUUUUUCUGUUGCCUACUGUACAGAGCAGCGUUUAGCAUGAAUAUAUGGAUCACUGCACCCACUCAUCACAGGAACUGAAUAGUGCAGUGUUAGGGCUCAUAACACACGUAUCUAAGUAGGUACAUGUAGGUAUAGUGACAAAGGCAAAACAUAAUUGCUCCUAUACCUUUCAGCCUGUCCGCCAUAUUUGCGUUUACUGUUGCAACGUUCACUGGUCUUUACACCCUGUGCAUAUGGAAGAGAUUUUUUAUCCAGGGGACUGAAAAGGAUAUCACUCAAGAAGAAAUCUUAGAUGUUCUACCUUCAAUUUCAGUCUAUAACUGGUGACUUGAUAGUACCGUUAUAACUAGUCAUGGCUGGUCUGCCGGUGAGUGCAGAGAUUGUGCUGGAGAAUAUCAGCCAAGGUCACCUUGAGUGCCCCAUUUGCUGUUGCCGAUUCAAUCAGCCUAAGAUUCUGAACUGCCUGCACAGCUUCUGCAAAAACUGUCUGGAGAAAGUGGUGGCAGGCCAUCCAGAUCAGAAAGAGAUCACGUGUCCUGUCUGCAGGCAGCAGACUGCCAUGACAGAAACAGGACUAGCGGGCAUCCUCAACAACUUCUCCUUGAUGGCAUUGGUGGAGGAAGUGGCUCAACAAGAACAUCUGGUCAAGAGUCAAAGGUCGCAGGUCACCUGUGAGGAAUGUGAUGAACAGGAGGUAGCAAUAUCAAGGUGUUUAGAGUGCAGGGAGUAUCUCUGUGAUGCUUGUCACAAAGCACACCAGCGCAGCAAGAAAACCAAGAGUCAUGAGACAGCGUCCAUCGAUGACCUCCGGUCUGGGGAGGUUAGCUUUGAAAGUCGGCUGCGGCACGAGGUGCCAAAAUGCCAGAAGCAUGCAUUUCAGGAUCUAAUUUUCUACUGUCAGACAUGCACUAGUCUGAUUUGUGCCGCAUGUACAGCGCUCGAUCACCGUACGUCAGACCAUGAAGUUUGCGACGUUGCCGAUGCUCUGGCUUCCUGCCAAGAGAAAGUGGCAGAGCUUGUACAGCAGGCAGAGCAACACCUCACCACAUUCAAAGCCAAGAGAGCCAAGGCACAGAAUAGGUAUGCUGAGCACAAAAAAAUGAUUGCCGAGAAGCACGGCAUCAUUGCAGAGAAGGCAGAUAUCGUGGUGGCAAGAAUCCGCAGGAAUGAGCAACUGCUGAAGGAGAAGGUGAUCAAAGCAUGCAGUGAGCAGGACAAGAAGUUUGAGGAUGUACUCAGCCAGCAUGAGAAGAAUGUGAAGGAGACUGCAGACACACUGGAGAGGGUGACAAGUGUGAUGGCCCAGCUCGGCAAGUAUGAUCUCCUGAAACUGCAACAGUCUCUCUGUAAGAACCUGCAGGAUGCAAUAAGGAGAACUACUCCUCCAACAGUGUGGGACCUGACAAGGGACGAUUUCAGUCAGUCAGGCAUGUUCACUACAGCAGAGCUUGAUGUCCUGUUCAAAGAUAAGCCACUUCCUGUGUCUGAGCAAGCCAAUCUGAUGAAGGUUGGGACCAAGGUGGUGAGAGGACCCGAUUGGGAAUGGGGCAAUCAGGAUGGCUACCCACCCGGUGAAGGGGUGAUCAGUAAAGAACUCAACACCAAUGGCUGGGUCAAAGUACGAUGGGACACCCGUCAUGCAACAGAGCUGAACUAUCGAAUGGGGGCUGAAGGGAAAUACGACUUGCAACUGGCUUCACACAAGAUGUUUGGUGAUGGUCUGGAUCAUUUGGGAUAACCCAAGCACACACCCCCCCCCAUCAAAAUCCACCAGGAAUGUGUCAAAAAAAAUUAAAACAACACACUGGAACUCUGCAUGAAGUAUGCUAUAAAAGAAUUGCCUGGUUUUAUUGUAAAACAAGACUAAACAAUCAAAACUACAAAUGACAAGGGUAUUAAAUUCCAAUUCAAAUGUCAGCUGACAAAAGCCUAAAUUUCAGGCUAGUGGAUCUGCUUUCACUGUUUCCGUUCUUACUUUAGCUACUCAUAAAUCAU